CUCUCACUAUUCGGGUCAUAUCUGUAAUCUACGGGUCCCAACACACCACCAAGCCAUAAUGUCUCGCAGAUACGUUGAAGUCGGCCGUGUCCUCCUGGUCAACACCGGCAAGGAGGCCGGCAACCUCGCCGUUAUUGUCGACAUCAUCGACCACGGCCGUGUCCUCGUCGAAGGCCCCACCGUCAGCCGCCGCGCCCUCGCCCUCAAGCGUGCCAACCUCACCGACAUUGUCGUCGCUGACCUGGCCCGUGGUGCCAGCUCUGGUGUCCUCGCCGCUGCCUUGGAGGCUCAGGAUAUCGAGUCCAAGUGGAAGGAGACUGCUUGGGCCAAGAAGAUCGCCAAGCGCGAGGUCCGCGCCAACCUGUCUGACUUUGAUCGCUUCAAGCUCCAGCUCGCCCGCAAGGAGAGACGCACCAUCGUCAACAAGGAGUUUGCCAAGCUCAAGAAGGCCCAGGCCAAGCAAUAAAUGCUCUCUUGGUUGAUAUCUUGUACAUUGUGGACGACCCGUGAAUACGACUCAAUUUAGCGUCAUGGACGUUUGGUGUCA